CUUGUGCUGGUUGUGCCGCCGGCUGGUACUAUUGCUGGUACUAGUACUGCUGCUUCUUUCUCUCUUCUACUUAUUCUUCCUCUCGUCUGCUUCCUCCUUUCAACACCUUUUCCCCAAUUCUCCGUCCCUGCCCCCCGAGAUUUCGGUCUUGUCCUGUCUGCUUUCGCCGACAGCCUCUACCAAGCUAGCUAUUCGCCAGUCGUAGCAUUCACUCGGACUUCCCCCCAAUAAACAGCCACAAGCAUAGGCACCACCAGGAACACACCACCAGCUCUAUUAUAUAUAUGCUCCGUUGGGGACCGCAUACUGUGAAAUAAGGAGAUCUCGCGACGAAUACUUCAGUGGCAUCUGCAACAAUACCGAUCUAGAUUUGUCGACGUCAGCCUGGGACUUGCCUACCAAACACGCGCACACCCAACAAACGCUGAACCCCUCCUGGCCUCCGCUGCAUACGAGCUGUCAACGCUCUCCAUACACUCCGAGUAUUAUAGCAGCCACUUGCUCCAGCAACAUAGAUUGUUGAGAUCCAGCUCCUGUUCGCAUAUCGGCUUUGUUUAACAAUUCACACCCCAUCGGCCAAGCCUCCGAUUCGUGCUUUGCCCGCCACCCAGACCACCCUAAGGCUGUUGCUUUCACCGCCGGCUUGGAUUCAAAACGCCAUAAGUCCAAGUCUAACCUCUCCAACAUAUCAUACCAAGUUCAAAGCAUUACGCCCCUAUUAUACCACAUUCUUCUUCGACCGUCUCACCAUGGUCCGAGAUUGGCCUAGGGAUACAUUUUCCCGUCAGCAAGCUUAUCAAAACCAUUGCUUUCCAACAGAUCCCCAUCAACGCGAGCAGUCUUUUUCUAACGAGAGAUUUGGCCCCAGUACGCCGAGACAGCAGUUUUCUGCAGAUCAAUUUGUACUAGACUCUAACGGCACCCCAACAAUGCCAACCCAUGACGAUGUACGUCGACGGACGACACUGAUGCAAAUUGAUGAUGCUCUUCGGUUACACUGCGGCAUUAAUGCAAGCCGUGUCUUUGUAGCCAGUGUUGGAAAUGACGGACGCAUUUCCACCUUUAGCAGCCCUGGACAAAAUUUUGGACCAGAAGUAGUAAGCCAAUUUUUCGACUCGGAAAGAUAUCAUAAGGUGAUGAACCGCAUUGAAGCAGGAGCGAGCCCGAUGCUAGAUACAGAUGACCCUUCAUUUGGCCGCCAUUCUACGAACCGCAGUCAAGCGUCUGGAAGUCGCCGUGGUUCCGUUGCCUCUGGCUGGGAGAAUUCUUCCAGAUCAGGCGGCCGUAAGCGGCAGCGGCCCCGUCCCAUUCCAUCUGCGGAUGAUGAUGAGCCGUCGAUGGCUACCUCUAAUCGUACACCGUUGAUGAUUGGAGAUUCCGAUGCUGUUUGGAACUUUUAUGAGCAAAGAUUUAAAUCCUGUCAACAGACAGCUUGCAAACUCAUUGCCAAAGCCUGGGUCAAAGCUGUUGAGCCUAAGAAGCAGUCAACACACCCGUACACAGGCAGCGAUGAGAAGGCACCGGAGUGGUGGCCGAAGCCAUGGGGCCCGACUAAAGACGACAAGGUUCGACACAAGGAGCCUGACCAUCUGUACAAGAGGGAGCGAGUUCAUUUGUUAGCCCAUAUUCUUCGAUUGGUUGUGGAGCCGAAUGACAAGCAGCACCCAGAUAUAAGAAAACUCAACCUCAACGUUGCGAAGCUGGAAGAUGCUACUUGGGAGGCGCUUUCGACGUUUUUCAUGGAGAACAAGGCGAAUGCCUUGAAACGCCAACACCUCAAUGAGAUCUUCAAAGUCGCCACAUCUGAACAGAAGCAUCGAAAUGAUGAGAUUGAUGGAACCACUCAAAUACUUAUCAAGGAUGCUGACAGUGGUGGUGAUGGCCUCUCUGAUACUGAAGACUACGGUGGCGCUAUGAAGGACGAUGACGAUGUCGACAUGUCGCAACCUAAGAUGGGCUCGGUGGGUGUCAUUCCGAGCAACAACUCCUUUAUUGACCCUUUGCCUGUGCGAAAUCCGCCAUUUAGCCCGGGUAUGCUACCCGAUCUAAACACGCAACACUUUCCUGACCCAUCGGGAAUGCAUGUUCACGGCAACGGAUCUGCUAUGAAUCUGGAUAUGGUUGGCAGCCCGCAUGAUCACCAACCUGGAAGCCGUCGACCAUCUGUGAUUCCCGGUUCAUUCUCAAGUCCUGUACCGGCAAUGUACACACCGACGUGGCCAGCGGCAUCUGGACAGCAAAAUCCGGCCAUGUAUUCGUACGCAUCACAGCAAGACCUGGAGAACAGCGGAUUUGUCUCUCCCAGUGUCCAGGAACAAAACUUUAUGGCAGCACAGUUUGAUCCCAACCACAGCGCCAUGUUCCGACCAGGAGACAUGAGCGGCGCAACAGGGCAUGGCGAUGGGUCCGGCUACGACAAUUACCUAGCGACGGACUCAAGAGCCGCCAUGGGCCAGCACAUGUAAGACGAAGUGGUGCAACCUUGUGGAGACAACUUUUCUGCAGUCGGACAUGUCGUCAACCGAGAUGUCUCUCAGCCAAGUCGGGCCUGGGAGUCCUUGGACUUCCCCACUGCCGACCAGCAACUGUUAAUAAAUUACAUGGAGUCUUUUUUCAUUCUUCUUUACAUUGGGAGGCACGCAGUCUAGCGUUAUUGCUUGGUGGCCGUUUUCUGUUUUAGGAAGAAGAAGAUUUUCCUUUUACGAUAUAUGAAUACGACAAGAUGAAACGACAUUUUUGAUUAUGUUUUGUCUCUUUUUUUUGGUCUUUUGUUUUGCUUCGGGAAUUGAGAUACCAGCACUCUUGAUGAUGUGCAUAAUUCGACAUGCAUAUAUACUACGCAAGCGGCAUAAGGGGGGGAAGACGGUGGAUGGAGCUCACGCAAUCGUUCGGCUAUUCAACAACGGCAUGCGGUUUGUUGCGUUGCAGAUUGUAUUAGCAAGAGUAGGAGCAGCCACCAACAGCAACAACAAUAGCUGCGACGAUCGGUAAUUGGAUUGCUUCGGUCGUACGACGGCGAAUGUCUUUGUUGGUGAUAUGGCUACUCGCCCUGCAACGACUGCCGGGCCAUAUCGGGGUGGGCAAAGGACGGGUCCAGGUUGAUUUAUAACGCAUCCCAUUUAGCAGGGGUAACAGGGCUAAAUUCUACUUUAUUCUUCUGCUGAUCA